ACAGUGUAGUUUGUGCCGGCUAGCGAGAGGGACGUGUUUCGCCCGUCUGGUCGCGCGCUCACUUUGCGACCUGCGCCGUCCUCGACUGUGGAGACCCAGCCGGCCGUGCUUGCUACCCGCCGGCACCAGGAGCGAGGUGCGCGCCGCGACGGAGCCGCGCCGCGAUGCUCACAGACGUGACGCCGUCCGUGGGCCGGCCGCCCGGCCAGCUAUACGCACAGACCGUCCGAGAUGGCUCGGUGGAGGUUGUCGGUCUGGCUAAGGGCAAAGUGUGGCCCAGUGUCAGUGUGGAGGAGAUCCUGGAUCACCCGAGCUUGCGCGGCACGCCGCUAGCGAUGCUGGCGGCGCAGUGCAACAAGCUGUCCAGCAAGUCGCCGCCCCCGCUGGCCGACGCCGCCGUCGGCAAAGGCUUCCACCCUUGGAAGAAGUCGCCGCAGCAGGGCGGCGCCGCCACCACCGGCGCCAGCGGCGCUCCCGGCGGCGGCAGCGGCAACAACAACAACAAUAACAACAACAACAACGGCGCGACCGCGGGCGUGGGCGGCGUGGCGCGCUCCAUGGCCGUCAGCUCGAGCGCCAGCUACACGGGUCGACCCGUCAUGACGACGGCUGGCUGCGCCGUCGGCGUCGGCGUCUCGUCGGCUGGCGGAUACGGCGCGCCCGUCUCCUCUGGCGGAGACCUCUACUUCCCCGGGCAGCCCAUGACCACGUCGCCAGAAGCUGGCGGCGGAGCCGGGGGCGGAGGCACGCCUGGAGGCGGCGGCGGGGGCGGAGGCGCCGCCGUCGCUGCGCAUCAGGCAGCUCUUCUGGGGAAGGUGGACGUGUACCCGCGGCACCCCUACGAGUCGUGGCCGUUCAACGCGAUGCCGGGCGCGGCGGCGGCGCACCCCGGCGCGCUGAAGGCGGCGGGCGACGCCUGGUGGGACGUGCACUCCGCGGCGGCAGCGGGCGGCUGCGGCUGGCUCGACAUGAGCGGCGCCACGGCGCACGCGCAGAUGGCCGCCGCCAACUACGCCGCCGCCGCCGCCACGUCGGCCGCCGCCGCCUCCGUCGCCGACUACUCCACGCUCAGCCACACGCUCGCCGCCAGCAACCACCUGCUCUCCGCCGCCGGCGGACACAACCUGCUGCAGGACACGUACAAGUCGAUGCUGCCGGGCGCGGCGCAGGGCGCCUUCGGGCUGCACGCGCACCACGCGCACGCGCACGCGCACGCGCACGCGCCGUCGCCGUCGCCGGUGUCCGCCGCGGCGUCGCUGCCGCCGCAGGUGCCGUCUCCGCGCUCGCAGCGCCGCUACACGGGCCGCGCCACCUGCGACUGCCCCAACUGCCAGGAGGCGGAGCGCCUCGGGCCCGCAGGCGUGCACCUGCGCAAGAAGAACAUCCACAGCUGCCACAUCCCCGGCUGCGGGAAGUGCCAACCCCCUGGCACGAACCUCCACAGCUGCCACAUCCCGGGAUGCGACAAGGUGUACGGCAAGACCUCGCACCUGAAGGCGCACUUGCGCUGGCACACCGGGGAGCGGCCGUUCGUGUGCAACUGGCUCUUCUGCGGCAAGCGCUUCACGCGCUCCGAUGAGCUGCAGCGCCACCUGCGCACGCACACGGGCGAGAAGCGCUUCGCGUGCCCCGUGUGCAACAAGCGCUUCAUGCGCUCCGACCACCUGGCCAAGCACGUGAAGACGCACAACGGCGGCGGCUCCGGCUCCGGCUCCAAGAAGGGCAGCUCCGAGUCGUGCUCGGACUCGGAGGACGGCGCGUCGCAGCCGGCGGCGUCGCCCGCGUCCGUGGCGCACACGCCGCCGCUCGACGACGUGAAGCCGCCGGGGCUGGUCUGAGCCCGGUGGGGUCCCGCGCUGCUGUACCCGCCCUACCACCAUUAGCAGCCGCCGGACCCCGCCCCGGACACGACGCCCGGCCUCCUAGCACCGCUGCCCGGGGAACACGCCCGCACGACACACCGCCGCCUCCGGCGUCACUGUCCGAUCCGACGUUUGCCGCUGUGCUCCGGCGCCAGCCGAUUACCGAGUGCACAAAUCCACAUCAGACAUGUCUGGCAUUCCUCCUUUACAGACCUUCGAUCGUCUUUGAGAUAAUCGAAUAAUUGAACAGAAUCGCGGUGGUCUACAUUACAUCACCACAUAAGUUUCGUCCGAAACGUCUGCAGCUAUAUUCAGAACUGAUCAAAUGGUAACUUUACAUCUAUUGUCAACCGUCAUUUACACGAAACAAGUUUUCACUUACUAUUUCUACUGAAACGGUGAAGAAUGAGACUUUUGGGGAGAGUCCGAUAAAUUCGUAACAGUAGUGCAGGAGUUGGAGUGACAUCUUAGACAGCACAGUAAUACCAUUGUCUGGAAAAUAUGAUAUUCCAGAAUGAGAUUUUCACUCCGCAGCGGAGUGUGCGCUGAUAUGAAACUUCCUGGCAGAUUAAAACUACCGAGACUCGAACUCGGGAUCUUUGCAAGUGCUCUACCACUGAGCUACCCAAGCACGACUUAGGCCCUCUCCUCACAGCUUUACUUCUGCUAGUACCUAGUGUCCUACCUUCCAAACUUCACAGAAGCUCUCCUGCUACCCUAGAGAGCACUUGCCCGCGAAAACCAAAAAUCCCGGGUUCGAGUCUCCGUCCGGCACACAGUUUUAAUCUGCCAGGAAGUUUCAAAACAUGAUAAUGUAAGUUCCAGUACCUGGCCAGCACACGCCCUGAAUGUAACAGUGUUGCAGAACGUAUUGCAAUUACCGCAGUAGAAAUGGGGCUACGCUAUCAAUUGAAUAGAAGAAUUCAUUUAUGGUCACAGUAUAAUGUGUAGAAACGCCUGUCUUUGAUCACUUUGUUGUCCACCAAGUAAUCGUAUCUCCCAUUUAUAGUACUUGGUACAUUUUUAAGGUUUCAAUAAGAAAAAGCACUGAUAGAGCUAACAUGUCAUCGUUAGAAUUGCGCCUUUCAACUUAAGAACAGAGCAGUGUUGAACGAGAGUGACACACUGCACAUCGUGAAAUGAUGUAAAUUACAUGAACUAUUGCCAAUGUAAAUAUUCUUAACGCUAAUCGCAGUGAAUUGUGCCUAACAACAUAGCUCUAUCGCGAUAUCUGUUAAGCGUUAACAGUGCCAACAGGUCAUUAAUUUACACCCUCUCAUGAUGUGCGGAGCUUUACGCUCGUUUAGUUCUUCUUACACUGAAAACUCUCAGUUCUGACGAUGACAAGCCACCUCAAAGAAUACCCCUCUCCCUUCUACUCACCCUUGAAAUCCUUCACACCACUAUCCUCUCCACAGAAUACUAUCUUCAACUAUGGAAACCUCCAAAAUCCUUUUUUCUUAAACCGCACAGACUCCUACUGAUACUUCCUCCUAUCGUCCCACGUGCCUCACCUCACUCUUUAGCAAGAUCUUCGAAUCCAUGCUCCUUCGACGCAACCAUUACUCCUGAACCAGCGUUACCUCCUAUUCUUGUUAACCAGUGUGGCUUCCGUCCCAAUCUCUCCUCUGAUGACCAGCUCUGCAACCUCUCCCAUCUCCUGUCCAGCCAGCUCAACUCGCGUUAGUACGCUCUUUGUGCCUCCUUCGACCUAGAGAAAGCCCACGACCACGUAUGGUACUCUGGUCUCCUCUUCAAACUCCAGACGUGUGCACUUCCAGUUAACCAUGUCCGCCUUAUUGAAUCUGUUUUAUCUAAUCGACCUUCCUUUGUCACUGUUAACAAUACCAGUUCCCGUGCCUUCCAUCUCACUGCAGGAGUGCCGCAAGGCUCUGCCCUCUUUCUGCGAUAUUCCAAAAACACCUCCAUCAAUCAACUUCCUUCAGUAUUGCGAUAACACGGCUUUCCUUACCCUCUACCCUAAACUAAAGAAAUAACAAAGAUCGCUCCAAAUCCGCUUCAAUCAGUUUAACUCCUGGUGUAAACAAGGGCUUCUUAAGAUAAACCCUGCAAUACUCAGCCAGUAAUUUCAUGACUAACCAAGCGUACCUUCCGUCUCCAUAACUUUUUACCUUCCCAAUUACGACCCUCCUAUCCAGUUAACUAAUACACUGAAAUAUCUUGGGAUGAUGCUCGACCGCUAACUGACAUGGAAACCUUAGCUACUAACCAUCCAACUGAAUGCCCACAACAUAUUAAAACUACGAAAACUUUUAACAGGCCAAACUUGCGGAUUACAACCUCUUCAACAAUUCUCCACACCUACAAAAACUCGAUCCGACCCAUCCUCAUCUAUGGAAAUGUUGCAUGGAUCAGCAUCCCGCCAAAGUUCCCUUCAAAUCCUCGAACGCCAUGCUCUCUUAAUCGCCUUCCACCUGUGUUUACCUUCCUCCACAUAGAUGCUCUACUAUCUUAUCACAUUUCUACCACUCCACAUCCACAUGGAACACCUCUGCACUCCUGUACUAUUCGCCUUUAUCAACACUUCCCACCGUCCGAUAGACUACAUUUCUUCUCCCAACGCAACAUCAACCAACUCCCUCUCCAGGAAAGGGAGAUCCGCCGGGAAGUCUGUUCCUAAUAUCAUCUUUACCUCUUUCCCUUCUUUCCAUCUCUGUAUCAUGACUCCUUUCUCCCUUUCCCUCUCUAUCCAUCCCCACCCUUUUCCUCUUGUUACCACUACCUUGUCCACACACCAAACACCUCCCCACUAUAUGUAUUUUCCACCUCCUGUUCUCCCUCUACCCACCCACCUCCAUAUCUAUAAUUUUUCGGCCUGACAGGCCCUUAUCGUCUCUGCCCACACGUCUCAAUCCUGAGGAACAUUCUAUCCUUCAGAGAUAACUCACAGUGCAGGUCCUUCAGUUUUUUCAGGGCAGUGCUUCAGUGCUUUUUCUCCGAAGAAUUUCAUCAUUCUGCCAUGUGGUUUUAAAAUGGAUACAUUUUCGUUUCCUAGACGUCCGUCUUUGAUUUUAAAUUAAAAAACAGCACUAAUGUGUUUUUCCUUCACAUCUUUCAUAUAUUUCUUAAAAAAACUCUCAUGGCUGAUGAGCGGAAUAUAAUACCACUGACAGCCCACCCCUCGCCCUAUAUGGGUGGAAGGGUGGGCUGUCAGUGGAUGAAAUACCAAUAAACGGAGAAAAACAAUCAUGUUUAUACAUAUCGGAUGGUAUUUUAAAGACUGACAGGUGUUGAAGCAAAAUCUUUUGCAGUACGCUUGAUAAUGGUCUUAAGGUACGAUUGAUAAUGGCCUCAAGCCCGAAAUUGUAAUUGUGAAAUAAAUAGUCUCCACAUUUAACAGAGAAUAUAAUGUCCUUCAAAAAACUUUACAUGACUGUUAAUGCAAACCACGAGAAGUUAAUCAUUGAUGGAGACGUUUUUGUUAAUGUACAGCUUUAUACGUUACUUUGAGUCUCAGUCAGGAAGGACAGCGCUGUGAAAUUCUUCCACCGCUACAAGUUUCAGGACUAAAUUAAAGUUCACUGGGUGAAGUAUUUAGAGAGAGUAAAUCUCUUGGUCAGUCGUGAACAGGACUGUUAGGAAACGACAUGUAUGCUGCUUUGGUUUCAUAACCGUCUUCGAAAAGUAGGAGGGAGAUGUUGGCAGAUCCAAGAUCUUAGUCCUGCUUUGAAGCGUAAAUAGAUAGCUAAGGAAACAAUGGUGGUGUAAGCACGAAUCAAAAAUUUUGAGUUGUUACGUAGAUCGCAAUGCUUAUAUUCCACACUACCCUAUUAGGCAUUAAAAUGUGAUGUGACGCAACUUUUCCGUGUUUACUGUGUUGUCGCCGAAAGAGCUAUGCCUGUCGAUACUUACAGAAGCAAAAUUCGGAAGUAAAGUCGGUUUGGAAGGGUGUUCGACACUACGUCGUACUGUUCUCCUGGUUACCUACGUCAAAAGAUGAUCCGUUACCUUGCAGAGGUGUAACCUGCCUGCGAAGGAGUAACUGCCGGACGUAACUUAGUGGAGCUGAUGUGAUAAAAAAUACACCGCUGGUAGUAGAUUUGACCACUGUUCAUUUCCACCAUUACUUCUCAGCUAACAAUUUAAGAAGUUACACUUUUU